AUGACUGAUAGUACCAUAUACGACACAGAAAUAGAUAUAGAACCUUACACUAGACUAGAUGAAAAGCCAAGGCUUGAUUCAUUCUUUAAUAAGGAUGGGUUGUUGUUACGAUCAUACGGAUGGCUAGCGAAGAAUGCUAUAGGCAUUAUAAUAUUAAUCCAUGGUUUAGGUUCACAUGCGAGAUUGACCUAUUUAAGACAUAACGUUGAGAUAGUAGAUAACAACAAAGCCAUAUUAAAAGAUGGAAAUAAUUUUUACGUUUAUAAAGACAGUUGGAUAGAACAUUUUAAUAAAAAAGGCUAUUCAGUAUUUGCAUUAGAUUUACAAGGUCAUGGACUGUCUGAUGGGUGGGACAAUUUAAAAGGUAACGUAAAAAAGUUUGAUGACUUUGCCUUCGACAUAUUGCAGUAUAUUACUAGAAUUCAAGAAUCAUUGGCUUAUGGUGAUAAUAAGGAUCAUGCAACUUCUUCUGAUAAUAUUAACCGAAGAAUUAAUAAGAGAAGACUUCCAGCAUACAUUAUGGGUAUAUCGAUGGGCGGAAAUAUUGCAUUAAGGACAUUACAAUUAUUGGGGAAGUCUCGAAGCGAUGCAAAUAAAAGGUUAAAUAUAAAAGGGUGUAUCUGCUUAUCUGGAAUGAUUUCUGUUAGACUAUUAACAUCCCCAGGUUCACCGAUGUAUAAAUUAUUUCUUUUACCCUUAUCGAGUAUUAUUUCGGAUUUUUUUCAAAACUCAAGACUUAUUUCAGUGUUGCCUUCCCGAAGGUAUCCAUACAUUAAUGACAUUUUAAAGUUUGAUAGAAUAAGCAUCAAAGGAGGGAUAACCUAUCGACUUGGUCGCGAACUCCUAAAUGCAAUGGGAAACUUAGACGAUGACAUAAAUCAUACUCCUAGGAAUAUUCCUAUUUUGUUUAUUCAUUCAAAAGAUGACCCAUUAUGUCAUUGGCGAGGCACCGUAUCCUUUUAUAGGAGAGUGAAGGUUCGUUAUAAAGAAUUGCAUCUUUUAGAAAACAUGGAGCACGUAUUAAUUGUGGAACCGGGAAAUAUGAAAGUUUUAAAUAUUGUUUUCGACUGGCUUACUACCAUAUCUGGAGGCCAAAUAAAACAGAAGCCGAAUGAUAAUCAGCAAUGA